CUGCGAUCCUGUACUUCCUCUCUCCAUCUUUAAACCUAUUUCCUCCCAACAUUUCUUAUUUCACGCCAAUUCAUUCCUCUACCUUUUAUAUUUAUCGUACACAAGAAAACCAAAUGUCAGUGGCAUAAAGGAAAUUUUUGCUUCAGAUACUUCAACAAUAUUGAUCAUCUUUUAAAGACUAAAGGAAGAUGUUAUACAAAAUAAAUAUAAACCUGUUUAUAUAAAUCUAUAUUGAGUUGCUGUGAAAUAUUUCUUCUGAACUGAGAUUAAUAGCAGCAUUUCUAUACUUCACUGUCUUAAAUCUUUAGCGUUUAAACCAGCUGUAUCCAGCCAAAAUAUUUUAUCUGUUUUGUGUACAAACUGGACAGAUCUGGCCUCUCAUACGAACCCUACAAUCUCAUUCUAAAGAUUAACAAUUACCUCAUCAAAAUCUCAUUGCCACAAGAUAAUGCAGGAUUAAUUCAAAACAAUGUGAAUAAAUAAGUAUUAGUUUUGACAAUAAUGUGAAGGCUAAAUGGGUAAUGUUUGCAAAAUGACUUAGUAUUCAAAAUAAACUUGGAUGAAUUUUAAAAGAAGAAUUUGCUGCAUCUUGAGAGUGAUCACUGUUGAUGGAAAUGUAGCCAAAGGAAUAUUUGUCAGAAAUAAAAUAUAAACAGAAAAAAAAAGUCUGUGUAUUUUGUGACAAAAAAAUGUUAUAGAAAAAUGAGUUGCUUGUACAAUUCAAGGAAUUGACUUUUCUCUUCUUAUCUGAAAAGAUGUCAAAAGAGAUAGAAAAGUCAUUGUACAAUAGUGUUAUCUGUGAAGAAUCAUUCUGUAAAGGAAGUAGCUUGGUUGAGCAUAAAGAGAAACCAUAUCAUUGUAAUAUCUGUGGUAAAUCAUUCUCACGAAAUUUUCAUCUAACUGAUCAUAGACGCAUUCAUACAGGAGAGAAACCAUAUCACUGUGAUAUCUGUGGUAAAUUAUUUACUCAUAGAAAAAGCUUCACUGGACACAAACGUAUUCAUACAGGGGAGAAACCAUACCAGUGUGAUAUAUGUGGUAAAUCAUUCUCUGGAAGUAGUGACUUAACUAAACACAUACGCAGUCAUACAGGAGAGAGACCAUAUCAGUGUGAUAUCUGCGGUAAAUCAUUCUCUGAAAGUAGUGGUUUAACUAUACAUAAACGCACCCAUACAGGAGAGAAACCAUAUCACUGUGAUAUUUGUGGGAAAUCAUUCUCUUGUAAAGUGCACUUGACUAAACACAAACGCACUCAUACAGGAGAGAAACCAUAUUGUUGUGAUAUCUGUGGUAAAUCAUUCUCUGAAGGACGUACCUUAACAAAUCACAAGCGUAUUCAUACAGGAGAGAAACCUUAUCAUUGUGAUAUCUGUGGUAAAUCAUUCUCUCAAAAUGACUUAACUAAACAUAAACGUAUUCAUACAGGAGAAAAACCAUAUCACUGUGAUAUUUGUGGUAAAUCAUUCUCUGUAGCAAGUAGUUUAAUUACUCACAAACGUAUUCACACUGGAGAGAAGCCAUAUAAUUGUGAUAUCUGUGGUAAAUCAUUCUCCCAAAGUUAUGAAUUAACUUCUCACAAACGUAUUCAUACAGGAGAGAAACCAUACCACUGUAAUAUCUGUGGCAAACUUUUCUCUCAUAGAAGUAACUUAAUUACUCACAAGUACAUUCAUGCAGAUGGGAAACCAUAUCAUUGUGAUAUCUGUGGUAAAUCAUUCUCUCAAAAUUUUCAAUUAAUACACCACAAACGCAUUCAUACUGGAGAAAAGCCAUACCAGUGUGAUAUUUGUGGUAAAUCAUUCUCUCAGAAAGGUAACCUUUGUACUCACAAGCGCAUUCAUACAGGUGAGAAACCAUAUCAGUGUGAUAUCUGUAGUAAAUCAUUCUCUCACAGAAAUGCCCUAACUACACACAAACACAUUCAUACAGGAGAGAAACCAUAUCAGUGUGCUAUCUGUGGUAAAUCAUUCUCUCAAAAUGGUGAGUUGAUUAAACACAAAUAUAUUCAUACAGGAGAGAAGCCAUAUCACUGUGAUAUUUGUGGCAAAUCAUUCUCUCAAAAUAGUGAAUUAAAUAAGCACAAGCACAUUCAUACAGGAAAAAAACCAUAUUACUGUGAUUUCUGUGGUAGUUUAUUUUCUGGAAGUAGCGAUUUAAUUAAACACAAACGAAUUCAUACAGGCGAGGAACCAUAUCAUUGUGAUAUCUGUGGGAAAUCUUUCUCUAAUAAGAAAUCCUUAACGAUACACAAACGCAUUCAUACAGGAGAGAAGCCACAUCAGUGCGAUAUCUGCGGGAAAUCAUUCUCUGUGAAAUGUAACUUGAUUAAACACAAACGCAUUCAUACAGGAGAGAAACCAUAUCUCUGUGAUAUCUGUGGGAAGUCGUUCUCUCAAAUAAAUACUCUAACUACACACAAACGUAUUCAUACAGGAGAGAAACCAUAUCACUGUGAAAUUUGUGGGAAAUUUGUCUCUUCAAGAAGUAAUUUAAAUUCACAUGGAUGUAUUUAUACAGAAGAGUAACUAUCAACGAUUCAGUUUGCAAGAAUUUUGUAAUUUUAUAACUUCUUUCAUUAAUAUCAUUGAUUCCUUAAGACUUGAUGGUUAAACUGAAUGUUAAUUUGCAUAUGUCUAUACAACCUUCAACUUAAUAUAAAGUGGGUGAUAUAAUCUAAGAGUCUUCCUUACUGAUAAUUCAGUUCUCAUUCUCCAUGCUGGUAAUGGAUUGAACAUGUCUGUGAAAGAUAUCACAUUUUCUCAAUCUUUGUGGCCCAGAAGCUUGAGUUUUGAGCUCAUCACACUUUGUGAAUAUUCACAAUAAUCCAAAAUUUAAAUAAAGUUGAUAUACUCUUAACUCUUGUUAUAUUUCUGUUGAAAUACAUUUCCUGUGUUUCAAAUGCUUCUGAAAAUAAUAAACAAUUUCAUAAAAUAACUGUCAUUAUUUAGUUGAUGCUUAAAAGGCAAUGAGCUAGUAGAAUCUUUAGCAUACGAAGCAAAAUGCUUAGCUGCAUUUCGUCCGUUGCUAUGUUCUGAGUUCAUGUUCCACCGAGGUCAACUUUGCCUUUCAUCCUUCCAGGGUCAAUAAAAUAAGUACCAGUUGAUCACUGGGGUCAAUCUAAUCAACUUACCCCUCCUCAAAAUUGCUGGCCUUCUGCCAAAAUGUGAAACCAUUAUUAAGGUGGUGAGCUGGCAGAAUCGUUAGCAUGCUGGACAAAAUGCUUUUAAGUUCUGAGUUCAAAUGCUGCCAGGGUCAAUAAAAUAAAUAUCACUUGAACACUGAGGUCGAUGUAAUUGGCCCCAUAAAUUGCUGGCACAAGGCCAGCAAUUGAAACCAUUGUUAAGUUAGUGUUUGGAACAAAAAUUAUCAUGAAAUUUUGAAGGAAGGUUUUAAUUUAGAUUACUUUAAUUCUUUUGUUACCAUAUUUCUGUUGAUAUACACUGCUUUGUUUCAUUUCAUUUUGAAAAUAAUGAAUUUAGUAAACAAAUUUUAUCAUUAAGCUGGUAUUUGGAAGAAAUUAACAUGAAAUCUUGAAGGAAGUCUUUAGUUUAGAUUACUUUAAUUCUAUUGUUACCAUAUUUCUGUUGAAAGACAAUGACUGUUUAAAUUAAUUUUGAAAAUAAUGAAGAAUUUAGUUAAGUAAUUUUGUCAUUAUUAAGAUGGUGCUUAAGGCAGCAAGCUGUCAGAGCUGUUAGCACAUGGGAUAAAAUGCUUACUGGUAUUUGUCCAUCUUUGCAUUUUGAGUUCAAAUUCUGCUGAGGUCAAUUUUGCCUUCCACUCUUUCAGGGCCAAUAAAAUAAGAACCAGGUGAAAACUGGGGUCAAUGUAAUCAACUAUCCCCACUCCCAAAUUUUGUCAUUAAGCUGUUUAUUGCACAGGUACAAUAAACACUUUCAUGACUUGAUCUAGCAACUUAAUAUCUCUGUAGUUGUUUCCAUCUAAGGUAUCACCUUUACCCUUGUAGCAGCUAACUAUAAUACUACUACACCAGUCAUUGGGGAUGGUGCCUUCCUGAAUAACCUGAUUAACUAUACGGGUGACUAAGUUGUGUCCUACACCACCAGAAAUUUUAAUCAUCUCAGCAGUGAUUCCUGAUGGCCCAGGGGCUUUCCCUAUCUUCAUGUCUUUAAUUGCCUUAUCUAUUAUGCUGCUAUCAAAUCUGAUGGCUGGUUCCUCAAUUGGUUUGAUAUUUUGUACACUCUCUUCCCAUUUGUUUUCUACAUUUAGUAACCUUCAUAGUGACACUUCCAUGCAUCUUUCUUCUCCGAGUCACUAAGUCCAAGCAUACCAUUAUCCAUUCGCACACAUUUCUCACCCACCACAUCUCUAUUCUCUCUGAUACAUUUCUUUGCAAUCCUGAACACCUCAUGCCUCUGAUCCUCACACUGUAGAACAUUUGCAAAUCUCUUACCUUCAGCUAUUCCUUUUGCUAUGUAAACCUGACGCAUAGCUGCCCGUUUGGCUGCCUGAUAUAACUCUCUGCUUCCACUGUCUUUCUAGGCCUGUCAUUUUGCUUUUAUAGCACUACCUCUUUGUUCCACCACCAUCUCACCCUUAGUCUAGCAGGGACUCUACACCAACCACAGAUUUCGUCAGUAACCCUCAGUAGAUUGUCCUGCAGAAAUUUCUAGUUGUCUUCUAAGCUAUAUAUUCCCAACUAUUCCUCCUUUUUGUCAGAAGCUUCCGUUAGGAAAUCUCAAAAUUUUUGUGUCUGCUGGGUCUUUGAGCUUCCAUAGUCUUCUUUUCCAGAUAGGUUUAUUUCUCCGAGUCUUUCUAGCUUUAAUCCUGAAGUCACUAACAAGUAACUUAUGUUGGGUUGUACACUCUUCACCUGGGAGAGACUUUGUAUUUUAAAGCAUCCAUCUAUCUCGUUACUGGUGAGGAGAUAGUCAAUCUGGCUUAUAUGACCACCAGACUAUGUGAUUAGGUGGCUGGCUGAUUUUCUGAAGUUAGUGUUACAGAUAAUAAGAUUAUUUGCAUCACAGAACUCCAGCAGUUUUAUUCCCUCCUCGUUUCUAGGUCCAAAGCCAUAGCCCCCAUGCAUUCCCUGGAAUCCAUAGGGAUACUGUCCCAAUGCUGGCUAUGUCCAGGUCUAUGCUUAAAAUGUUAUCCUUUUUUUAAAUUUUACCCAAUGAUGGUGGAUUGUAUAUUAUGAUGUAGACUUUUAUGACUUCAUUAAAUAAAAUGCAACUGAAACAGUUGUAAAUUUUAAAUGCUAUUCAUGCUUACUUUUUUGCUGUGUAUUCCAUAUGAAGGACUCACCGGUGA